CAUACAUAUUUUAUUUUAGGUUUGUUAAAAACUUUCGAGUCAGCAAGGAAGUAUUUGGACACAUUUUCAGCGAAGCGAGCAUCCAUAUAAAAGACACCUACCGCAAUACUCAUUUGCCACCGUAACUGAAACUGUCCACAUUUCUACGCUUUCUUGCAACUAGAAGCUAUCAAAAGUCGGUGGGUAACGAAAGUGUCUCAGUAAUGGGUCAGUCGACAAUUGCAAAAGUAAAGCGGAAUGCUUGAACAUUUUGGAGGAGCAUUUUUGCCACUAAUAGGUAAGCAUGUGCAGGACCGAGGAAAAAGAAAACGACGUGAAAGAGCAACUCUUCAACAAAUGUGGAAUACCUUGCAUAGUUGGCUGUGUGGACGCGACCCACGUGCGUAUAAAAGCACCCAAUGCAAAUUGCAGACAUCUUUACUACAAUAAAAAGGGGUUUUAUAGCAUCAAUGUAAUGGCAAUAUGUGAUGACGAUAUGGUAAUAACAUUUGUUGACGCAAGACAUCCUGGUGCUAACCAUGACUCCUUCAUUUGGAAAAUUUAAUUAUCCAUUUUAGCGGCUCACACGAUAGCAAAAACUCUUUCGUUUGAAUUUUACACUUUUUUUCUUUAUUUGAAGUCGUAUUCGUGUCACAUUUGUUACGUUUUCGUCACAUAACAAAUAGCUGUUAUCGACUAGUUAUCGCCAGGGUAGCGAAUUCGUGUUACAAAUACAUGAACAAACGGCUGUUUGUACGAGACGAACGCUCGUUUAGAGAUAGAGAAUCAGGCUGUAAGCUAAGCCUAGACUAACUGAACUUUUCAUUUCAUUUCAUUUCAUUUCGUUUAUUGAGUCUAUGAUUAUAUAAACCUUACAGACUAGAUUCCAAGUUUAACUUAACUAAAAAUGUAUAACUAAGAAUAUAGGGAUUCAAUCAUUGAGCCAAAACGAGAUCUCGGGAGUGCAAAAUCUAGAUCAAGGCUACUAAAUAUUCGAUUGAAUUCAAUGAGAGCUCUAGCAAUGGGAUCAAAAUAAUGGUAAUUGGCUUUGAUUAGCUUGACAUGAAACGGAUAGUGAAAGCGUAGUGUUCGUUGCGGAACAUUGAAGCUUAUCAGCUCAAGUAGCUCCGGGCAAUCAAUAAGACCAGAAAUGAUAUCGUAAACAAACAUCAGCGAAUGAAUGGAUCUUCUCUAACUUUUACCCAAGAGUCAAGAUUGAUAUUACAUAAGAUUGCGCCAAUCGAGCUGAGAGCAAUCAGGCGUGACGCCAACAAAUACCAGAAUGAGAGAGCAAGACGAACU